GCGGUGGGAACCUUGAUGUAACACUGCAUGUUUCCCCACGAACUCGAAUUUCAGACGGACACACACUUUCUGCUGUGACGUGUGAAGCUGUUGAUGAUGGCUGACGCUAAAGUAGAGGUAUCAUCGGAUACGUCUAAUUUCAUUCAGAGUGGAGGCAAUGCGGCACCUCAACCCAAUAAUCCCCUGUCCAGGAAGCUCAAUAAGAUCCUGGAAACCAGGCUGGACAAUGACAAGGAGAUGCUGGAAGCUUUAAAGGCGCUGUCGGCCUUCUUCGCCGAGAACACGCUUCGGACACGCAGGAACCUCCGCGGCGACAUCGAGAGACGCAGCCUGUCCAUCAAUGAGGAGUUCGUCCGGAUAUUUAAGGAUGUCAAGCAGGAACUUGAGGGUGUGCAGGAGGAUGUUCAGGCCAUGAGCACGUGCUGUGAGGAGAUGACCAACCGGCUUAAGGCGGCCAAGGACCAGACACAGGACCUGAUCGUGAAAACCAAUGAGCUGCAAGCAGAAAAUCACCGGCUGGAGAUUCGAGCGCAGGUCGCCCAGGUGUUCCUUUCCAAAUUCCAGCUGUCGGGGGAGGAGAUGGCUACCCUGCGCGGGGCGCGGGACGGCCCUGUCACGCAGGAGUUCUUCAGGGCUUUGAGGCGGGUGAAGCAAAUCCAUGAGGACGUGAAGAUUUUGCUGCGGACCAACCAGCAGACCGCCGGCUUGGAGAUCAUGGAGCAGAUGGCGGUGUUGCAGGAGACGUCCUACGAGCAGCUGUACCGCUGGGCACAGAAUGAGUGUCGUGGACUGACCCAGGAGACAUGUGACAUCACCCCAGUGCUGAGCCAGGCUAUGGAGGCCUUGCAGGACAGACCCAUCCUUUACAAGUACACACUGGACGAGUUCGGGACAGCCCGGAGAUCUGCGGUGGUCCGGGGGUUUAUCGAUGCCCUCACACGGGGAGGGGCAGGAGGAACACCGCGUCCCAUAGAAAUGCAUUCCCAUGAUCCCCUGAGGUACGUGGGAGACAUGCUGGCAUGGCUUCACCAGGCCACCGCCUCAGAGAGGGAACACCUGGAGGCCCUUCUGAAGCAGGUCACCAUGCCAGGUGUGGAGGAGAACAUGCAGGAAGUGGUGGGCCAUAUCACUGAAGGAGUGUGCAGACCUCUCAAGGUGCGUCUAGAGCAGGUCGUCAUUGCAGAGCCGGGUCCAGUGCUGCUGUAUAAGCUGUCCAACCUGCUUAAGUUCUACCACCACACAAUCAGCGGGAUCAUCGGCACGGCCGUAGCCACACUGCUCAUCACCAUAGAGGAGAUGCACGUCCUCAGCAAGAAGAUGUUCUUCAACAGCCUGAGUCUGCAUGCCAGCCGGCUCAUGGACAAGGUGGAGCUGCCACCCCCGGACCUGGGUCCCACCGGCUCCCUCAACCAGACGCUGUCCCUGCUCAGGGAGGUGCUGGCCUCUCAUGACUCCUCGGUGGUGCCCCUGGAUGCCCGCCAGGCUGACUUUGCCCAGGUGCUGUCCUGCAUCCUGGACCCGCUCUUGCAGCUCUGCACGGUCUCAGCCAGUAACCUGGGACCGGCCGACAUGGCCACCUACAUGGUGAACUCGCUGUACAUGAUGAAGACCUCGCUGGCACUCUUCGAAUUCACCGACAAGCGGCUGGAGAUGCUCGAGUUUCAGAUUGAGGCGCACCUGGACACUCUGAUCAACGAGCAGGCCUCCUACGUGCUCACGCGGGCAGGCCUCAGCUACAUUUACAACUGCGUGCAGCAGCACGGGAAGGAGCAGGGUCCCCUGUCCAGCAUCCCUGGGAUGGAUAGUUCGUCACUGAAGGCAGCUAUGGUGCAGUUUGACCGUUACUUGGCUUCUCCUGACACCCUGCUAAUGCCCCAGCUCAACUUCCUGCUUAGUGCAGCAAUGAAGGAGCAGAUCUUCCGGCAGUCCACAGAGCUGGUCUGCCGGGCCUAUGGCGAUGUGUACGGUGCUGUCACCGACCCAGCUAGCGGCUACAAGGAGCCAGAGAGCGUCUUGCACCGAACCACACAGCAGGUGCAAACCCUGCUUUCCUGAGGAGCCCUGGCGCCCCCUGCUGUCCAUGCCUGUUCCCCUUACAGGUCCACCAGUGGAGAGCUGGCCAAGGCGAAGAACAGCACCUAAGCAUGCUUUAUUUUGUGAAUACAUUGUCUUCGAUCCUGGUGUUGGGCCUUGAUUGGUUCUAAUAAGACUACCGACCUUUCUUCGGAUCUCUGUGGAAUCUGGGAUGACUGAUGCGUGUCUGGGACUUAUUACUGUUCUUACCCACAUUGUGAUUCGCUCCCCAGUCACUGUAGCGGGUUAGUCAUGACUUUAGCGAUUUAGUCACUAAAGCUGGCAGUGACACCAAGCCCAGAACCAGAACCAGAACCCCACACUGCCGCCGGUCUCUUAUCAGGAACAGACCUGGUUUUUCUUCUUAAUUUGUCCCGUUUCCUUAAGCAUUUUGAAAAACGCCGUUAACCAUCAAAAUCUCGCGCAUGCGAGUCUGUCCCCCAUGGCUCCUCCCCCUUCAGAGAGGCCUGGUAGGGGGAGAGCUGGCUGUACUGUGAUACCCAAUGCCACUUUCAUGUCAGGUCCCAGCGUGCCAGUUACGCCAUCCUGAUUGACUGGGAGAUACCCUCCAGCGUGGACUGAGUGUGGGCGGGGCGUGGAUGUGGUGGGCGGAGCGUGGUUGGGGUGUGGGUGGGGCGUGGGUGGGCGGCGACACCUGCCGAUGUAACUGGAAGCAGUUUGUGCCGUCGGUCUGCAUCACACGCCUCUAUGUCCCACAGCUAUCUCCAUUCAGCCCUGACAUCUGAAGGUUUGCAGGGACUUUAUUAAAAUAAUCAUUUGACGCAAUCCUCACAGUGCCAGUGGAUUUUUACUCGUAAUUAUAUAAUAAAGUGUAAACGUAAUUUGGGGGAAAUGUUAACGGUUUCCAUGGAGUCCCAGCAGUAACUUAGAAACCCUCAUUUCCACAAGUUUGACACUUAAUUAAUGUGUAAUUAGCAGCUUAGGUGACCACCUAAAGCUUUACUUGAUUUUCUUUGUGCUUCUUUGUAUUAAAGCGCAAAUGCAGAUAUUUAAAUAUUCCACCGCUUGUACGAUUUGGUACUUUGCUUCUUAAUUAUAUAUUUUUUAGAAGCUACCACUUUGGUGAACCUUCUUGGGUUUUGCUCCUUUGGCCCAUUGGUGUAAGAACACUAAUUAGGAUCAUCACUUGUUAGUUUAAUGAGUUUCUGAUGAUGCUGUUCUAAAGAUGAUCUCAAAGGCGGAAGCAUCGCCAUAGACACACAUUCUGCAGGGGAAGCUGCUUCGAUUAGACUGAUGUGUCAUAAGGUGCUAUUUUUUACUGGAAGUCAGUCCAUCAUAAAAUCCCAAGUCGGGUUUCAUCGUGACUAUUCACUUCAACCGCUGCAUGGAAAGACGAGGGCAGCGUGAAUGAGGGCCUGCUGAGUGUGGUCCAAGCUGAAGGUCCAGCUGUAUGCUGCAACCUUGACAAUGGCUGCCUGUAGCGUAGAGAUCAAAGCUAAGAUUUGCUCUGAGUGCAUUACUGGUUCCAGUUGUGUUCAACAUCUUGUGCUGAGAGGAGGUCUCUACAUAACAAUCUGAAAUGGGACCAAGGAGCCGGUCCAGUGCAGGAAAUAAACAGGUGAAGCUGCUGAUUGGUUGAUUGUUAAGAGCUGGGUAAACGUGUUUGCUCCCUGUUUGUGUUCUAGACCCUUCCAUCCCUUUGUUUGGGCCCCUUUCCUAUUUUGAGUCCUUUAUGGCACUUUUAUGCUGUUUUGCUGUUUUUACGCAAAAUACACGCCUUACGAGAAUUAACCCCGUCUACUAGCGAGUGCCAAGGUGCCUGUUCUGCUGAAAGCCGACUGCAAGCUGAAUUGCAGGAAGGGACCUGAGAGAAGUUUAUCUGAAGUGUCGGAGUUCAAAACGGAUUUUCGUGUUGUUCUGCGGCCUACGUGCAAUCCCUCCCCUUGUUUUCAGGCCAUUUAUUUUCCUUCGCCUUUGUGAGCUGGAUUAACUGCUUGUUUUUUUUUAAUGAUCGGAAGAAGAACAUCAAUUGGAAAGCCCUGGCGUGAAAAUAAAUAGGACGGCCCCCAUUCACACCCCAAGGAAAAUAAGUUCCCCAUCUGGCUCAAGGUACAGCUCGCGACCCCUGCGUGUUGAGACAGCUGCCAAAAUGAUCUCUGCCCCCCUGUCUCGGCAGCAUGAUGAGUCCAUAGCGCUGGGUUUGGACCUCGGAUGUACCGGUUGGUCGAAUCGCACUCAGCUUGGCGUGUUAAGUUGGGCAGGAGCUGAAUGAACGGCAGCAUUCUCACCAUUAAAGCUCUGUGGUCAUGUCUCCGAA